AUGGAGGGAAUUAGGCUUCGCUCCUACCAGCAGGAGAUGCUGGUUGAAUCCCUCAGAAAGAAUGUCAUCGUGGCGGUAUGAUAGACAAGCCUCCAUUUGGGCAAACCGUACUGAGUCGCGACAGAUGGACACUGGUUCUGGAAAGACGCAUGUCGCAGUUUCAAGAAUCCUUGCCGAGCUGGAGCGGACUGAUUCUAAUCAGGUGCGAUCUUUUAUUGGCCGUUCAAGCUUUCGUUCUGACAAGCCUUCUUCCAGCUCGUGUGGUUCCUCUCUCCAUCUGUGGCCUUGGCCUUACAACAGGCGCAGGUCCUAUCCGAAAAUCUCGCAGCAUACCAUGUGCGCACUCUUACCGGCCUCGAUGGCGUGGAUAAGUGGACGGACCAGAAGCUCUGGGAUGCCAUCCUACUGAAUCUCGACGUGGUCGUUGCCACUCCCGCAGUACUACUAGAUGGCCUUACUCACGGAUUUAUCAAGCUUGAGAGGAUAUCCCUUUGCGUAUUCGAUGAAGCUCAUCGAGCAACGAAAGGCCAUCCCAUGAACGCUAUUCUUCAGCGGUUCUAUCAUCCUGCGAAACAGUUGGGGCAACAUACGCCUCAUAUCCUUGGACUGUCAGCAAGUCCUGUGGUCAACAGCAAGCACGGGAAUCUAGAGUUCGUGAUGCCAGUGAAAUCCAUAAGCGAUGCUGACUACAAACAGGAAGAUCGAAGCCAACUUGGACGCGCGGGCUGUGACUCCAAAACAGCAUCGAAGCGAAUUGGAAAAAUUCGUUAACCCGCCGCAAUUCGUCACAGUGCCCUAUACCGGAAGCAUGGUGGCUGACUUUGGAAGCUCGGACCGUCUUUGCUGCGCUUUGGCACAAAUUGCAAAGACGUAUGAUCUCGACAGCGACCCAUAUGUACUUGAGCUAAGGUAAGACAACGAAGAGCGGAAGCAAGCACAAUGCUUUCUAUAACCUCCGUGGCAUCCAACUUCCUCCGCAUCGUCUUGGGGUGUCUGGGUCAUCCGCUGACAUCAGCCUUUCCGUGGCCAGGGAACAGGACGAUGAGAGAUCGCGGAAGCAACUAGCAAAGAUCAUGUGCAAUCGUAAAACUUACUGCAGCGAGCAAUUACGUGCACUCGAUCUUCGAGCACUCACCCUAGAGAAGGAGCUGGGCCCUUCCAUGGUACGUACAUCAUCUUCCUGGUUCGCACGGGGACAAAUUUGUGAUCAGAACAUGUCCCAGGCCCACUGGUACGUCUCAACAUGCAUUGCCAAGUUCCAGGAGUCUCUGGCAUUUGAAGGUACUCUCGUCCUGCCUGAUCUGUUGGAAAAGGAGCGGAAGCAUCUGGCCACUAUAUUUGAAAGCCUUCAACCACUAGGCAAGUCGACACAGGUACAAGGUGUUGACGGUACUACUGAUCUUCUGCUAUCUCACAAGGCCGAGCAAUUGAUUGAGAUUCUCCGGAAGAUCGACACUUCUUCGGUGCGAGGCAUCGUCUUUGUCGAGCAACGCGCUCAGGUGACGGCCCUGGCUCAUUUACUGAGUACGGUACAACAGGUUGCUCCCCUGUACAGAAUCGGGUCGUUCGUAGGGACGUCUUCUUCUACCUAUCGAAAACAAUCGGUGGCGGACCUCACAGAUUUGAAGGAGCAACAAAGAGACCUUGAAGCCUUUAGAAAGGGAGAGAAGAAUUUGAUCAUCGCUACAACUGUCUUGGAGGAAGGCAUCGACGUCUCUGCGUGUAAUCUGGUGAGCUUCGUAGCAGUUUCCGAGCCUCUAUCUUGUUGCUGACUCCGUUAUUCGCAGGUCAUCUGUUUUGAACCGCCGAAGAAUCUCGUCUCGUUCGUUCAAAGGCGAGGCAGAGCCAGGCAGCAGGACUCAAAAUACUUUCUCUUCAUUGCGGAAGAUGACCCGAAAAGAAAUAGUCAAAAGUGGUCAGAUCUAGAAGCGAGUAUGAAAGCUGCCUAUAUGGACGAAGCGAGACAACUCGCCGAGCAUCUGGACGACGAUCUCGAGAUAAGCGACAGCACAUACCACGUGCCCUCCACGGGCGCUCUGCUCACAUUUGAAAACGCCAAGUCGCACCUGUACCACUUUUGCAGCGUUGGAACUCUUCAAAGCUCUCAAUUCGUGGAUCUAAGACCCGAAUUUGAGACCCAUCAGGACCCCAGCACAGGGGAGUGGGCUGCUAGUGUUGACUUACCGGCUUUUGUACAUCCUUCCCUGCGGUACGCUUCCUCUUCUCGCGCCUGGAAAAGCGAAAGCAGUGAGUAACGUUUGGACUAAGUGGUCGUCGUUCGGCAUAGAUGCUAACGUAAGCUUCGAUAGUGGCAAUAAAGGAGGCUGCCUUCGAAGCCUACAUUGCUCUGCACAAGGCAGGUCUUAUCAACGACAACCUCCUACCGCUGGUCAAGGACUACGGUCCCGACCCAGGUCAACAGCAUCUCAAUCAACCUUCCCUGGUCGAAGUUCCCCAGCGCAAGUCUUCUUGGAGGGACAUGUGGAGUAGGCAUACUGCCGGAGCGAGACAGUGGUACUCGAGUCGCGUGUCAAUAGCGCUGGAUGGCCAGAUUAUUGUGCAGAUGGUGCUUUGGACGCCCGACAAAAUGACAUCUAUGGACACCUUUCAGCUUUUCUGGAACCCAAAGGUCACCUACGAUGUCACAUUCCACUCAAUCGACCAGAAAACGGUGAACAUGGACGAACUGUUGAUCGUACGCGAAUGCACGGGUCACAUCUUGAGGUCCGUCCAUAGCAGCAGGAUGACUGGCGAUGACGAUUUCGCUAUGCUCAUGACUCCUGGAGAGGAUUUUAGUUGGACUUGGCUGGACAGUAUUCAAGGAGAGCUAUCGGCAACCGAUGCCAACGCUCACGCUAAUGAUCCUAUGGAGGUAGGCCUGGUCCGCGUCAAGGGCCAGACCGGCCAUCCAUUUUUCUUCCAUGGAAUACAAGCGAGUGGGCAAGCCGACGUGAGUGCGGAAGUUGUCGCUAGUACUUUUCCAAAACGCAAAGACUUCCUUCACCCAAUCCCACAGGGGAAUCUAGGGGCGAUGGCGUUCACCGGGAGGCAGGGGCUGAGGGCCAGCGAAUGCACUAUCGACAAGUUGCCAGCGAAAUUCGCCCUGUUCUCAGCCUUUGUACCUUCGAUCAUGCAUCGUCUGGACGUCGAUAUGCUCGCUCAGGAACUUGACAAGACGUUGCUGCAAUCCGUGGGCAUUCAUAAUAACGAAUUACUGGUCGAAGCUAUAUCCUCGCCAGCAGCCGGAGAAGCGAAAGAUUACAACCGGUUAGAGUAUCUCGGAGACAGCGUUCUCAAGCAUUGUACAGAACUUCAAGUGAUCUCUCAGCACCCUUGUUGGCCGGAAUCAUUUCUGACUGUGGAGAGGGACCGCAUCGUCCGUAAUACCAACUUGGCGAACGCUGCAAUGGAUAUGGGACUCGACAAGUACGUCCUGAGCAAAGUUUUCACCGGAGCAAAAUGGAAGCCUCUCUACGUCAGCCAGCUGCUUGCCUCCACGCAAGAGCGGAGAGAGAUGUCAACGAAGACGCUGGCGGAUGUAGUUGAAGCACUGAUAGGAGCAGCGUACGUUGAUGGGGGCUUCGACAAGGCCUUCAAGUGCAUCAAGACGUUGCUCUCUGGAGAGACGUGGAAUACGUCAGAUGAAUGCUUGAGCGCACUGGUUGGAGAUAUAGGAUCGACCGACUACAAGAACAUUCACCUCUUGGAACGACUCAUCGGUCAUUCUUUCAACCACCCGGCCCUCUUCGUGGAAGCCAUCACGCAUGCCUCAUUUUCGAGCAAUUGUACAGGCCUAUCGUACGAACGUCUGGAAUUCCUCGGCGACAGCGUACUCGACAUGCUCGUCACACCCCAGCUGUUUGCUCAUCCCCGAAGGCUCAAACACUGGGAACUCCACCGAGCUCACGAAGCCUUGGUCAACAGUCAUUUUCUCGGCUACUGCUGCUUGCGCUAUGUCAUCCAUACAGAGAAGUGUGACAUCGUAGCCGAUGAUGUCCGUCAAGAGAUCGAGACUUCCUCAAGACCAGUGCAUCUGCGUGACUUCUUGCGUGCAGGCCGCCCUCUCAUGCCGCUGAGACAACAAGCCAUCGCCAGAUUCGAAAAGCUCCAGCCCGAGAUUGAGCAGGCCCUAGAGCACGGCGACGAAUAUCCAUGGUCGGAAUUGAUGGCGUUGAAUCCGCCCAAAUUCUUCUGUGACCUGGUGGAGUCUAUACUGGGAGCGAUCUUCAUCGACACACGAGGCGAUCUCGGCAUAUGUGAGGCUUUUGCGGAAAAGCUGGGGAUCCUGAAGUACAUGAGGCGUCUUCUGGAAGAGCAUGUCGAGACCAUCAAUCCCAAAGAGCGGCUGGGCGUUGUUGCGGAUCAAGACGAAGUGAAGUAUGUCAACGGCCAGCAAGAGGAUGAGAAUGAAGUGAAGAGUUAUAGCUGCACUGUUCGAGUGGGAAACGAAGAUGUGGUCACGGUCAGCCACUGCGGCAGCAGGGACGAGGCAGAGGUUAAAGCUGCUCGACAAGCUUGCAAACAGCUAGAGGGCCGGCCGAAUCCUACAGAAGCAGGACGUCUCAAGAGGAAGCUCGAGGUUUCUGCGACGGACGAGGAUGAGGAUGCGGAUAUGGAAGAUGAGGUGGGAAUAGACACUCAUCCUUUCGACGAUGGAGCCUCUAACAUGUAG